AUGAACACGCCCAUCAUCAUUCCUGUCAUUUCCAACAUUUUCAACUUUUAUCAAUCGCUUCAUGACGCUCUAGAACGUUCUGAUCUAAAAAUCUCAAUUCAGUUUUUAUCUUGGCCUCCGAAUGAAUGUCCCUCUAAAUUGUUGUCCUCAUUCGAGUCUUUGCCACAAUAUUAUCCAAUCAUCAUUUCGGACGCUUACUUGUUGACAGAAGAGUUUUUCAAGGCUCUUUACGAACAAUUAAAAGAUGAAUCCAAUCAUCGACAUGUGAAAUGGAUUAUGUGUACAUUUGCUGGUGUUAAUUUAAUCUUUGAUACCAUUCGAAAAUUGGAGUGUGGAGAACAUUUAUUGGAAUUAUUGGAAAAACGAAAUGUAAAAUUAACAAAAAUUGGUACUUUUGGGUUAUUAAUGUACGAAUAUUUACUCCAACAUAUGCUCAAUGAUUUACGUUUCUAUGAUAAGGUAUUGGAACAUCAAUCUCAAAAAUUAUGGAUUGGGAAAACAGCGUUUCUUCACAAAACAUUAAAUCAAGUGAAAAUUGGACUCAUGGGUUUUGGCAAUAUUGGAAAAUAUGUGACUCAUCAAUUGAAACAAUCCUUUCCAAAGAUUACUAUUCAUGUCUACAGAAAUCAGAAAAGUUAUUGUAACACUCUACAACAAGAGAAUCAUGACAACCAUAGGACACUCAUGCCAGACAAAUUCUUUUAUGGACCUGAAGAACUACAGAAUUUUCUCUCAUCGACUGAUUUCGAUUUCAUUAUUAGCAUUUUACCUUCUACUCCACAAACUCGAAAAUUACUGGACAAUGAAAUGUUGAAACAUUUGACCUCUCGAUCUCACACUUGUUUCAUUAAUGUAGGAAGAGGUGAUUUAAUUUCUGAAUCUUCUGUUAUUGCGGCCCUUGAUGACCAAUACAUUCGAAAGGCCAUCUUGGACGUUUUUGAAGUAGAACCAUUGCCAAACACGAGUUUAUUUUGGAAUCGAAAGGAUGUUUUAGUGACUCCUCAUAUCUCAGCACUUUCCAUUCCAAGCGUAUUGGUCGAAUCAUUUGUUGAGAAUUUUAAUCUCAUUGCAGGUCAUGCUGUUGAGUGUGUAGAGGAUCUCGAUUUUAAUUUGUUAAAGUAUGGUUGUGAUUGGAAGAAGGGUUAUUGA